UGAUUUUAACAAAUUGACGAUAGUUUCACUACUUGUACGAUUGCAUAAUUGUAAAUCAUGAGAUUUCUAAAUGGUUAAAGCACAAAUACUUUACAAAGAUAAUGCAGAAUACAAACUGGGAGCAAUUUAUCUAUGAAAACAUAUUGAGAUUUGGUGUAACAGAUGGCAUACUACUAAUAACUAAACGAGCAGAAGCUAUUUUCACACAAGGAAAUUUAUCAGACGUUCCUAUGAGGURCUUGCCACAGUUUGUGAAGAUAUUCAAUGUAUCAACUCAAGAGCAAGAGGAAAUAUUGUGCACAAAGGGAUUUGUUCUGGAAGAAAGAAAUAACAAACAAAAUCAUUUUACUAUUUAUCAAAAGACAUUCUGCAGUGUAUAUUCAACAUCUGAAAGUAAUCAUAAAGGUCUGUUGGUUUGCAAUCUGCCAUAUGGUGUUCUUAUAGCUUCCCAUCCAUUUAAUCAAACAAAUACUGAUGCUAUUACAAUAGUGGAAAAUGCCUGCAAAAUGCUAAGAAUGUGAACUCUCCAGAUGAUAUGUUUCCUCUUUCCAUUAAUUAUACUGUCAAAAUUGUCAAAAAGAAAUGAGAUACUAGAAUAUAUGUACAUUCCCAUGAGUAGACCAACUGUGACGCAAUUCCAUUAAAGUUGUUUGUAAAAUAAUUGAGCUGGCAAGRGGAUUUCUAGCCACCCUAAUCACCCCAUUGAUCCACCUUGGRUCCUGAUUACAAAAGAAAUCACCCAGCGACACAGAGUGCAGAAUUCGAAAAUAUUUUGGUUAUGGAAUCCAGAGACAAUUAAGUCUUACAAAGCAAAGAGAAUCUGGAAUCCAGAUUUUUGAUUUAUUGAUUGAAGUAAUUAUUGGUAUAUUUUGAGGCAUUCCUGUUGUCAUGGUUUGACAACCACAUGUUUCCUGGCAGCCGUGUCAGAUUACAUAUYAUUCACUCUCUYGUGGUGUGUGUACACAUGGUUUGAUACUCAGUUAAGAAGUUUAUAGUUUUAGUCAUUUAUAUUACCCACCCUCCCACCCUUAUGGUGGCCAGAGAGGUUUAUAAGUUACUUAUUUGUAUUAUCAUUUCACAUGUUUCUGAUUAAACCUCUCUGUGUACCCAAAACUGAGUUUCUUGUUGUUAUAGUAUGUACAGAAUUGCUUAUUGGAAAUUAAUUUGUUCAUGUUAGUGGUCUCCAUUUAGAGUAUCAGACUCAAGGAGAAUUACUCAUAAAUUAUGUAAAUUAGGUGUUGCCUCAGGUUUACCAAGAUGGCAGAUUAAAGCCCGGUUUAGUGUCUCUA